AUGCCAACCAAUCUUGAACGACCCAACGACAAUGUUGCCAUUGCCAACAAUGCAUUGUCCCUGAUCGACUUUUUAGAAACCCCUCUCGUCUUUGAACAAGGGAACGUGGUAGUGGAUUAUUAUGCGUGUCAAGAUAUGCCUGAACAUCUCAAGCAGUGGGCAUUUGAUCUCGUCAAGGACAACAUGUAUGACAUGUAUGCUCGAUCCAAAGAUGGGUGGGAUGAUGAACACAAAAAGAGCGAGAUGUUUGCCCCUGAAGCCCGGUAUCUUGUCGCACGAUCAGCCAAAGAACCCAUGGAUCUGAAAGGAUUCCUUCUCUUUCGAAUGCUUCAUGAAGAAACGAUGGAUGACGAUGUGAUGGCACAGGCAGCUUACUGCUUUGAGCUACAGCUCAUUCCAGAUGCGCGUGGCCUUGGUAUAGGCGAAUACCUGAUGAACUUACUGGAGCGGAUUGGUAAACAUUGGAGGAUGGAUAAGAUGAUGCUUACGGUGUUCAAAGCAAACAAAGGGGCAUUUCGAUUUUAUACCGAAAAGAUGGGAUUCGAGCUGGAUGAGAUCUCACCAAGCGCCUGUCUCUCGCAUUUACAAGCACGCAAGUUUGAUUAUGAAAUCUUGAGCAAAGCUUUAUUAUGA